AAACAUGUUUCAUAAUAGGGGUGACCCUUCAAACCAAAGCGUCUGUAUGUAGUUUCACAGUCUGACUACAAGAUGGCGUCGUUGCAUUAAUAGUAAAUUCCUCCAGCUCACACGUGUCUGCGGUGGUUUUGUCCGUGUGCUGCGUGGACUGUAGUUUCUGCUGACACCUUGUAAAAGGUAGCAUAAUGUGUUGACGAAAGUGUUUCUCAGACUGGCGCCAGGAGGUCCCAUGCAAAAAGAGGAAUUUUAAACCUGUAAAUCCAGUCCAUUGUACCAGAAUGACUGUCAAUCCCAGUUUCCCUCUUGAUAGCCUAUGUGAUUAUUUGUGUAUUUUGUAAGCUAUACCUCUAUUUAUAAUCUUGAAAUUUUACUAAAGUUAUGCCAGUGCCUUUACUUUCAAAUCACCUUCUUGGGGAUAUCAGAAGGAGACAGGUGGUCUGUGUGUGAAGUGGUGAACUAUGUCUUUGGUAUGAGAGAGUGUCUGGGAUACUCUGGAUUAAACAGCAGCCACAGUAGCAGCGGCUUGGAUGUGUGGGAGUUUGAGCACCGCCCUCAAAACACUGGACUCUGCUGCUGCUCAGAGAAACAGCAGCCUGUCAGGCGGGCUGAGGACCUACACACUUCACCCAACAAGAGUCCGGGACUGUUUGAACAAAAACACUGGAAGGAAGGAGAGUUUGACUCGGGCUUAGAGAUAUGAGACUGGGUAUGACGGUGCGGGCCAAGCGGAGGGUGUAGCCACAUCUGGCAGAGCGCUGAAGUAAGCAGGAGCUUCAACACACCAAACCGUCUACUGCAGUCGAGGAAAGAUGGGAGAGACAGAGGAGGAGAAGGAUAACGUGGGGAAGCUGUUUGAGAACUUUGUCCAGGCCUCGACCUGCAAGGGAACACUGCAGGCCUUCAACGUCUUGUGCAGAAAGUUGGACCUCGACCCUGCCGACAACAGCACCUUCUAUAACAGUCUGAGGGCAAAGGUCACCACUUGGAAGGCCAAAGCACUAUGGACUAAGCUAGAUAAGAGGAUGUGUCACAAGGAAUACAAGAAAGGCCAGGCCUGUGUGGGCACCAAGUGCCUCAUCAUUGGAGGAGGUCCCUGCGGCCUGCGGACAGCCAUUGAGCUCGCUUUGAUGGGUGCCAAAGUGGUGGUGAUUGAGAAGAGAGACUCCUUCUCCAGGAACAACGUGCUGCACCUUUGGCCCUACACCAUCCAUGACCUGCGGGGCCUCGGAGCCAAAAAGUUCUACGGCAAAUUCUGUGCCGGGGCCAUAGACCACAUCAGCAUUCAGCAGCUGCAACUCAUCCUUCUGAAGGUUGCCCUCAUCGUUGCAGUUGAGUUUCAUAUCAAUGUGGAGUUUGUCAAACUGCUGGAGCCUCCAGAGGACCAGGAAAAUGAAGGGCUUGGGUGGAGGGCGGCAAUCCGACCUGCUGAUCACCCCGUGGCUAACUUUGAGUUUGAUGUUGUGGUGGGGGCUGACGGACGCAGGAAUACUCUGGAAGGUUUCAAAAGGAAGGAGUUCAGGGGUAAACUGGCGAUCGCCAUCACAGCCAACUUCAUCAACAGGAACACCACUGCCGAGGCCAAGGUGGAGGAGAUCAGCGGAGUAGCCUUCAUCUUCAACCAGAAGUUCUUCCUUGACCUCAAAGAGGAGACAGGUAUCGAUUUGGAGAACAUUGUGUACUACAGGGACAACACGCAUUACUUUGUGAUGACGGCCAAGAAACAGAGCCUGCUGGACAAGGGAGUUGUCAUUAAUGAUUACGUAGACACCCAGAUGCUGCUGAGCAGUGAAAACGUCAACCAGGAAGCUCUUCUGUGCUACGCCCGAGAGGCUGCUGACUUUGGCACCAACUACCAACUUCCCACGCUGGAUUUUGCCAUGAACCACUGCGGGCAGCCAGAUGUAGCGAUGUUUGACUUCACUAGCAUGCAUGCCUCAGAGAACGCUGCUCUGGCCAGGGAGAGAUUUGGACACCAACUGCUGGUUGCACUGGUUGGCGACAGUCUGCUAGAGCCCUUCUGGCCCAUGGGGACAGGUUGUGCUAGAGGCUUCCUGGCUGCCUUUGACACAGCCUGGAUGGUAAAGAGCUGGGCUCAGGGUCGGAGCAUUCUGGAGGUGCUGGCAGAAAGGGAAAGCAUUUACAGACUACUUCCUCAGACAACACCUGAAAACAUUGCCAAAAACUUUGAUCAGUACACCAUAGACCCUGGGACACGAUACCCCAACCUCAACUCCUCCUGUCUUAGGCCGCACCAGGUGCGUCACUUGUACAUCAGCGGAGAGCUGAAUUCCUGCUCUCUGGAGCGUGCUGCUACCAUACGCAGGCCUGUCAAUCUCUACAGACGAGAGUCUGAGAUCAGACCAGCGAGGCUUCUUACCUGGUGCCAGAAGCAGACGGAGGGCUACAGGAAUGUGAUGAUCACAGACCUGACAUCUUCCUGGCAAAGCGGCAUCGCCCUGUGUGCCCUCAUCCACAAGUUCAAACCGCAGCUGAUAGAUUUCGAUUCAUUAAAUGAGGAAGACCAGGCUGCAAACCUGCAGCUGGCUUUUGACAUCAGUGAGCGGGAAUUUGGGAUCCGUCCAUUCUCGUCUGGGAAGGAGCUGAGUGCCUGUGAGGAGCUGGACAAGACCAGGAUGAUCACCUACCUGUCCAAAUUCUAUGAGCUGUUCCGUGGCACACCGUUACCUGCAUCAGAUUCCAGAGGAGUGGAUGAAAACAAUGAAGAUUAUCCAUCUAAAGAAGUCAGGAGUAAUAAUAAUGUGCUCAAUCUUGCUCUGCCCAGGAAACGAGUACCAAAGGAUGAGAAGAAGUCGGAUGGUACAGACCCCAUUUACAAAAGGAGGCGAAAAUUCAGUUAUUUGGAGGAGGCCACCAAUCUGUCCAGUAACGGCUCCUCAGUGCGAGAAGGACAGGAGCCAAAGGAAAACAAAGUGCGCUCCAUGGCUACUCAGUUGCUGGCCAAGUUUGAGAGUACACCUAGUUACACCGUACGGAAACAGUCAGACUGUGAGAGGUCCUCCCCGCUCCAAACUCUUGACCUGCCUGAGAAUCUUCCCAUUAAACUCGGGCCUCCGGUCCCACCUAAACCUCCUCCUGAGAUACAGUUUGAAGUCAGUAUCAGAAAUGCAGCAAAGCACUUAGUCCGCCUGCCACCAAAGACUCUGCCCAAACCCAAGUUCCAGCCUCCAUCCCAGUUUUCUGUAGUGAAGCUCAGACAUGUGGAUCAAACACAUGCUCAGACGAAGCCUCAGCCUGAGAUUGCAGACUCCGCUGCUUCUUCUCCCUCCUGCCACUCAGCUGUCCUUCUCAUGUCAAGAAUUGUCCAGCGCCUCAGGGAGGUGGAUGAACAGAUCUCUGAGAAAAAAGCUCAGACACAACAGAGUAGAGAGUUUCACUCAAAGAGUAUAAAGGAAAAAGCGGUUCACCUUAGCGGGUUGUUCUCAGGAGACAGCUCUGCUGUACUCAAGAACGACUCGGUGCGAAGGGCGUUCCCCCAGUCCGGUGACAAGUGUCACUCGUGCGAGAGGCGUGUUUAUAUGGUGGAGAAAGUUUGUGCCGAGGGGCUCUACUUCCACAGGGAGUGUUUUCGCUGUUCCACCUGCGGCUCUGCCCUGCGCCAGGGAGCACAUGCCUUCGACUCCCAACAGGGGAAAUUGUACUGCAAACUUCACUUUGAUCAACGCAACAAUGGGACAAACCUACGCAGGAAUUUCUCUCUACGCUCAACUCGUUAUGGAAGUGAAGUUCAGGAGCAAUGCGCUGUAGAUGAAGAGAGCUCCUCCUCCAGCAGAGCAGCAGACCCGCAGAGUCAACCUGCAGCAGGUACCUUCAGCUCGUUCAUAAGGAAACGACUGAGCUGGCCGCUGAGUGUGACUCGCUCUGUGUGUAACGCCCCCAAGUAUCUGUUUCACCGUGUGCGUAAGACAGCACAAGCUGUCGCCGGCCACAUGAGGGACAACGCCCAGGACUAUGUGAACCUGUACGAGCUACUGAGUGUGAGCUUGCCCCUGCUGCUUGUGUUACCAGAGAUUCUGCUGCAGAUGUACACAGAGGUUGUGCCCGACGGGCCGAGCUCUUUACAGCCUCUACUGCUGUGGCUGCAGGAGCAUGUCGGUCACAGGCUCAUCUAAAGUCUCAGCUGUUAAUAGUAAACCCUCAACAUCACUCCAAACCGUUAUAUCUGUGGCCAAUGUGCACAUUAGCUGGAGUGUUAAUGUCAUAUUAUCAUUUGUAGUUGUGCACAAGCACCUUUUUGAUGUUUACUUGUCUUUUCAUGAUGAUACUAGAUUUGCUCUCAGUUUGUUAGAUGUACUUUCUCAUCAGCCAAAACACUGUAAGUUGCACAUACAACAUUUUGCAAUUUACUACAGGGGUUGGGGAAAUUUGUUGAAUAUUAAAGCUGCACCAAAUAAUUUUACAGUGGGUUUAAUGUGGAAACUGUACAGUAGGGUUAAAAUAAAUUAAACAAAUAGGUUUAAAGUAGUUAAACUGCACAUAAAUACCUUUCAUAAAGUAAAACAGGCCACAGUCUGCGCAUGGAAAGACUUAAGACUGCUGAAAUCAACAUUGCUGUAAAACGGAUCCUGCAGUUAAACUUGCUUUACUCAGGUCAUUAUGACUGACUGACUUUGUGCACUUUAUCUUUGGGAACUGCCUUGUCGAUGGAGCAGCAAACUGUCACAUACAGUAACACUAAAUCCUGCUUUCAUGUUGACGUUGAACAGCAGGCGGGUUUAUUCUGUGCUCCUACCAUAUGUUUUUUUUUUAAUAUACAUAUAUGCACAUGUGCAAUUAUCUCAUUAUAUUUACCAUACUCUGACCACUUUUAUUAACUGUAUCAUUCAUCUUUUGUAUGGAUGUCUCCCAAAGAAUCCCUCAGAGGUUUUGAUACUGUGGACUCCUCUUGGUAUUUAGUUCUACUUUGCUGCCAUCUACUGUUGACUCUCAGAAAAACCAUGAAGGCACAAAACAAAAAGAUACCCCACCCUCUCAAUUUUUUUUAUAUAACAUUGCAAACUCUUAGAUUUUAAAGAAUUGAUUUAGUAGAUAUGAUUUACUGUAGACAAUAGACGCUGGUGAGCAUGCUGUGAUGUGUUUGUAUGUGCUUGCCACUCUUGCCAUAAUUUUAAAGCAUGUUGUUGGAAGAUCAACUGCAAACCUCUUUGACUGGAAGCCACCCGGUCGCUUCCUAUUCAGAUACAAAUACAGAUACUUUCUAUUGUUGCUGAUGAAGCACUUUAGAGUUGCAGCGUAUUUUGUUUAGCUUUAAAAAAUAUUUGAAAAUGAAUGAUGUUUGCAAAAACUUCAGGUAGUUUUUAAAGUGUUUACAGCAUGAUAUGCAAUAAUAUGUUUGUGUUCUGCUCUCUGCUACCUAAUUUUACAUGUUGAAUUACUGAAUCUGCUACAUGUUGUUUAGAAGGAGAUAAAUAUCUGGUUUACAGUGCAGAAUAAGUGAAAAACUGAAGUGUUUUAAAAUACCAAAGAACUGUUUUUUUAUACACGGACUGUACUUAUAUAAGAUAAAAGUUAUACGUUUGUAUAACAAGACAGCAGUCAUGCAGACUGUAAUCUGUACAAUGGUGCCAACAACCAAAUUUCUCCUUUCUUUUUUUACGAAUGUCAGUAUUUUUGUUUUGUUUUCAUAAACAUUUUCUACU